GCCACACGCAAUACCGGCAAAAGCAUCGCAGGCAAGAACAUUGCGAACCCCACGGCAAUGCUCCUUGCCAGCUGUAUGAUGCUGGAUCACCUCAGAUUGCACAGCUACGCGUCCGUGAUCCGCAAGGCAGUCUUUACCGCCAUGGAUGACGCGGAAACCCACACGCCAGAUAUUGGGGGCCAGGGCACCACCUCAGCAGCCGUUCAAUCAAUUAUGAAGCAGAUGAGCCAGCCUAAGUCUCACCUGGCACAGGUAAGAGAAUAGAAGGAAGUUUUCAGAUUGGAGGGCUGGGGCUGGUUGCAGUGAAUUAAUUGCAUGCUUGGGCUACAGGGCAUGCCAGACCCAUGGACACAGCUGCAUUUAUUCUUUAGUAGGAAUUAGAUGUACAGGCAGUCCUUGACUUGUGACCAUUUGUUUAACAAGCCAAGUUAUGAGGGUGCUCAAAAAACGGCAUUUCUUAUUCACCUUCUCAUGUCCAUUGCACUCUCCCUGCCGUCAUCGUGAUCAAAAUUUGGGCACUUGAAAACUUGUGUAUUUACGAUGAUUGCAGCAUCCCCAAGGUCACAUGAUCACUGUUGAUGGCCUUCCCAGGGGGCUUCCAACAGGCAAAGUCGGGGGUGGGGUGUAAGCCAGAUUGGUUCAAUCAUUGUCAUAAUUUGCUUAACAAAGACGGCAGAAAAGAUUGUAACAACUCAAGCCGAGGAUUAUUUGUAAAGCAAAGGGGGAAAGGGAUAAUACGCAACAGAGGGUUGUAGCCCUUCUCCAAUAUGGCAUUGGUCACGUAAGUUUAAUACCCAUCCAUUUUCUAUGGGAGAAAGUUUGGGGACUGGUCCAAGUCAAUGGGAGGAUGCCAGAUGGGAAAAAAUAUUCUAGAUUUUCUUUUUAAAUUGGUUUGCCCAUAAUAAAAGCCAAGAUAUCAUUUACAAGGGUUCCACCACAAUACCGCGAAGCCCUUAUCCGCGGAGACAUAAGCGCGAGUGCUAAUCCGCGCCG